GCGUGCCAGCGCGCGCGCGUGUGUGUGUGUGUGUGCACGUGUGAGCAGUCUGACACAGUGUAGUGUUCUGUUCCGGAGACCUGAGCAGGACGGGCAGAGGGGAGCAGUGCAGCAGCAGCGGCAGCGGCGGCGGCAGCAGACGCGGGCGCGAGGCUCGCGCGAUGUUGCGUCUGAGCUACACCGAUUAGGCUGAUCAGAGCCGGAGCGCACGAUGCAGUGACAGUCUACGGGAAGACACGGGCGCGCGCGUGCGCGCACACACACACACGCACACACACACACAGAGGGAGAGGGAGGGAGGGAGAGUUGUGCGGCUGUUCACGAGAAAUGAUCCGCUCCUAGACUAUGGCUCCGUCGGGCUCGCGUAGUAUCAAGAAGGGCUGUCGGAGAGUUUUGUACUGGAUCCCGGUGCUCUUCAUCGCCCUCAUAGUGGCGUGGUCAUACUACGCAUAUGUGUUGCAGCUUUGCAUAGAGUCCAUCGAGCACACAGGAGAGAAGGUGAUAUACUUGCUGGUGUAUCAUGUCGUCUUCAUCAUGUUUGUGUGGGCGUACUGGCAGACCAUCUUCACCAGGCCCAUGAACCCCCUGAAGGAGUUUCACCUGUCGUGCUCCGACAAAGAGCUGCUGGAGCGGGAGGACCGGGGGGAGUCUCAGCAGGAGAUCUUCAGGAGGAUAGCCAGGGACCUGCCCAUCUACACGCGCACCAACUCUGGAGCAAUCCGUUUCUGUGACCGCUGCCAGCUGCUGAAGCCUGAUCGAUGUCACCAUUGUUCAGUGUGUAAUAAAUGCAUCCUGAAGAUGGAUCACCACUGCCCCUGGGUGAACAACUGCGUGGGAUUCUCCAACUACAAGUUCUUCAUGCUGUUCUUAGCCUAUUCUUUGCUCUACUGCCUUUUUAUAACUGCUACAGAUCUCCAGUACUUCAUCAAGUUUUGGCUGGCUGGAGGUAGAGCCCAUUUCCGUCUAAGGGAGUACCUGAACAGCCUCCCAGACACCCAGGCCAAGUUCCACAUCCUGUUCCUCUUCUUCUCGGCCUCCAUGUUCUCAGUCAGCCUCGCUUCUCUUUUGACCUACCACUGCUGGCUUGUCUGCAAGAACAGAUCCACCCUCGAGGCUGUGCGUGCUCCGGUGUUCCGCCACGGCACCGAUAAGAACGGUUUCAGUCUGGGCUUCAGUAAGAACUUCCGCCAGGUCUUUGGGGAUGAAGUUAAAUACUGGCCUAUUCCUGUUUUCUCCGGUUUAGGGGACGGGUGCUCGUUCCCAACCUGUCUGGUGAAUCUGGACCCGGAGCAGCCUUCAUCAUCCUCCACUGGCUCCAACCCUGUCAAUAAGAGUGCGGCAGACGGCCGCCAGUCGAAGCCACUGACGGAGUCUCAGAGUCGGCUGCUCACCAGCACCCCCUCCUGGCCAGAGAUUGGCAGUGCAACAGACAGGAAGGGCGCCAGUAACCAGGGGAUGACCAUAGAACAUGAGGCCUAGAGAAAGAGGGCACACCUUCCUCCCAGCAACAGUCAAUGCCGCCUCCUCCUCCUCGUUUGAACGUGACGUGGUUGUGAGAUCAUCAAUAUCUGUUGCUUUCCGUGGCGCACCCUUCUCCAGAGAGGUUCCCCUGACUAAAACGCCCCUUCGAAGCAGAAGAAGAAAAUGAUUAU